GUGUCAGGGUUAGCGAGGCAGAAACCCUGGUUCAUUCAAUGUUCUCACCAGCCGCUAGGACAGCCGUGCCUUAGCCGCGCCGCGUGUUCAUUUGGCCAGACAAGAAUGGAUCAUUUUGAGGAAGACCUGACAUGUUCUGUAUGCUACUCCAUCUUUGAAGACCCUCGUGUAUUGCCUUGUUCUCACACUUUUUGCCGAACCUGUUUGGAGAACAUUGUUCAUGAAUCAACAAAUUUCUCCGUUUGGCGACAUCUUCGAAUCCCACUGAAAUGUCCUACUUGUAGAAGUAUUGUGGAACUUCCCCCCGUGGGCAUAAGCUCGUUACCAAUAAACUUUUCACUGAUGGGAAUUAUUGAGAAAUACCAGAAAGAAGAACACCCAAAGACUCCUACCUGUUCAGAGCACUUCAGGCAACCGUUAAACAUGUUUUGUUUGUUUGACCGUAAAUUGGUAUGCGGUUAUUGCUUGACAGUGGGCCAUCAUCAAGGCCAUCCCAUUGAUGAUCUCCAGCAUGCUUAUAAUAAAGAAAAGGAAACAUGUAGCAAACUUGUUGAACAACUGACUGAAAAACACUGGGCUAAAGUAUCCAUUUUCAUUGAACAACUGGAGCACCAGAAAUCACAAACGGAACAAACCAUUCAACAAGAUAAAGAAACCGUUAUCCAGUAUUUUGAGAAUCUGCAAAAAAUUGUGGAAAGCAAAAAGCAAGCUUUUCUGGUUACUUUUGAUGAGAUCAAUUUAAGAAUUACCAGUGAGUAUGUUCCAUUAAUUCAGAAAAUGCAAAAACUAAAGGAAGAACAACAUGACCUUCUAACAUUUAGUACAUAUUUAGAAGAUGAAAAGGAUCCUUUGGCUUUCCUUGAGAAAGUUCACCUUUACCGUCAGAGAGUAAAUAAUUUAAUGAAAACUCAGCUUCCUUUUAUUCGGCCACUGAAUAUACAACUACGAACAGCACAAUUUCUGACAGAGAAAUGGUCAAAAGUCACAGUUGACCAUAUUAAAGAUGCACCAGUCCUGGAAGUGAAACAUUGCUUGGAAAACCACUGGAAUAAAGAUCUUAGUUUAUGUAUUAAACAAAUCAAAGGAUUAUCUCAAAGAUUGCCAGUUUUAACAGUGCUGUUCUUGCUAACUGUUAUGUCAUUGGGUUUUUUGAUGAAAGAUUGUUGUGUUAAUUUGUUAAAUACCACAGUUAUUGAUCUCCCACAGGUGAAACAGAUGUGUGAUCUAAUAUCAGAAGUUUGUGCUGGGUUUCAUUCCUUAAAGGCUGCAUUGGAACAUUCAGUACAAUCAUUGGUUAAUUUAUUUUGCCAGUUGAUUGUUUCUUUUCCUUGCAUUUAUCAAAUGUGUGGCUUUCAAUUAAGUACUGUAUUUCAGUAUGCUUCAAGCAGUUUACAGAAUUUACUUCCCUCAGAAAGUCAUGAACAAGCUUAA